AUGGAGUUUUCAAGUGAUGAUUCCGUUCAGGAUCCCAAUUUUAUGCCUGAUGAAGACUUUAGUGACACAAGUACAAGUGACGACAAUGACAGUCAAAUUUGGAACCCUCCUAGGUUUUCAAGGCGUUUAUCAACAUUUUCGGAUGGAUGGAUGGAUGGACGGACGGUGGAUGGAAGAAAAACUGUCCAACAUGCAAUGGGAAAUGCCAAGUCAUGA